AUGUCUACUCCCACUAGUAAUAAUGAUGACUCUCCCAAAUCACAAAGGAAGAGCCGUGCCCACACCCUCACGCGGGUGCGAAACAACCAGCGCCGUUGUCGCGAGCGGCGUCGCCAGUAUAUAGCUGCCUUGGAACAAAGGGUUGAAGAAACAGGACGUCUGCUUGAAGAGGCUCGUGCAGAGAUUGACAGUCUGAAAUCCCAAUUGAUGGAGUGCGGGUCUCGUUCUCGCCGUCGCCGCCAUCCUCAUCAUGCUAAUCAACUGGCUGAGGGGGAGAGUGCGGUGAGCUACUCUGGUGGUGGUGGUGGUGGCUCAAUAGAUGCGGCAGCUUGGAUGAUGUCUUUAGGCCAGCAGGGUGGAUAUAGACAGGUAUCCGGGCAGAUUGAAGAGGUGGGAGAAUUACCUGCUCUACUUCCUGGUCCUCUUCCUGCCCCUCCUGAGAGGGAAGAUGACUGGCCUGCCACCACAUCCCAUCAGCAAACUUCAGAUAUUGGAUACAAUGCUACCCCGAACAUGCUCGCCCUCCAGCAAUUAGACAACACCCACCCGAGACGACCUUCUUCGUCUUCUUUGGCUCUCGCAAAUCAACGCGAAACUGCUGUCUGCGGAUCCAGGCCCCCAAACGCCGUCAAUUCAGAUACUACAUUAACUACUAGUACCAACGCGCCCUCACCACUCAGCACACUUUGGACACCGACUUUAACAGCACUUCAACUAGAAGGUUUAAUCCUUCCAGAUAUCCCCGAUACAUCCAACAGUGACUACACUCUAUCUCCAGCCGAUGAAUCCACAACGCCCUGUAGCCAAGCCUUCAUCUUCAUAUCCCAGCAGAACUUCAAGGGACUUGACGCAUCGUCUAUUGAACGGUGGCUGUGUCGCGGAUUUCGACAGGCGACAGACCCUAGAGAAGGGUGUCGUGUUGAAAAUACCUUGUUGUUGCAGGUGUUAGAUUUCGCCUCCUUUAAGGAUGAGGACGGGACUCUGCCCAACCGCCAACACCGCCAUUCCGCUAUACGUUCCAGUUGGGGGAAAGCAGGAGGCUUCACAACUUCACCCAGAGGGGCUCCUAAGGUUCUAGAGAACCUGACUCCGAACAAGCUCUAUUGCAGGGAGAGAUUUGUUAAGCAAACAUGUACGCCCGUCUACUCCCUCAUCAUAAUAAACAAAGCUGGCGGUCUAAUAUACAACCGCGAGUUCCACUCAGGACUACUGAAGCUGUCUACGAAUGAUUACCUGGUGCUGGCGGGAACAUUUCAUGGAAUCCACGCAAUAACCCGCUCCCUCACUCCGCGCCUCCCCACAAACCCCACAACUACGCCCUCUUCAGUCCCAAGCGCAGGCACAGCAAUUCCAUCACACACCCACGCCCACUCCUCCUCUUCCUCCAUCAGCAGCCCCCUAAACCCGUCCACUACCUCCACAGUCACCAGCUCUUCUCUCCCAUCCCACACCACCGUCCCCAACCCCACCCAACCCAUCACCGGCAUCGAAGUCCUCGAAACGGACAAAUUCCGCCUAACCUGUUUCCAAACCGUGACGGGGACGAAGUUCCUCCUCUUCACGGACCCGCUGAUGGCGGGCGUGGACGUCGUCAUGCGGAAGAUCUACGAACUGUAUGCGGACUACGUGAUGAAGAAUCCGUUUUAUCAGUUGGAGAUGCCAGUGAGGUGUGAGGCCUUUGAUCGGCACGUUGCGGGGUGGGUGAAGGGGAGAGGAUAG